CAAAUACCUUCAGGACCUCAAACAAGAACGCAAAACAUACCUGGCCGAUGCCAAAAAGCUCAACAGAACUUGGAGAUCAGUUUCAAACAGCUGGAGAAUACGAAGAGGCGUUUUGCCAAGGAGUGGGGAGAGGCAGAGAAAGCCACACAGCAAGCGGAGAAAAUUGAGAACGACACAAACGCUGUGAAAGCAGAUGUUGAGAAGGUGAAGCAACAUGCCCAUGUGAAGACACACACAGCGGAGGAGUGCAGGAACGACUACGCCGCCCAGCUCCAGAAAUACAACAAGGAACAGAACACCUUCUACUACACAGAGAUACCGCAGCUGUUUAAUGUAACACACUUUACUUACGUUGUGUGUGUGUGAGAUAUAUAUACACACAGUUGAAGUCGGAAGUUUA